ACCACACCCUGGGUCGCGUUUGGGUCUCCCCGUCCAACUGCCUCUGCCCUUCCAGGUGAAGCAGAUCAUGGAGGAGGCAGUCACACGGAAGUUCGUCCACGAGGACAGCAGCCACAUUAUCUCCUUCUGUGCGGCUGUAGAGGCCUGCGUCCUGCAUGGGCUGCGGCGGCGGGCGGCUGGCUUUCUGCGCAGCAACAAGAUUGCAGCUCUCUUCAUGAAAGUGGGCAAGAACUUCCCACCGGCCGAAGAGCUGAGCCGCAAGGUACAGGACCUGGAACAGCUGAUGGAGAGCGCGCGAAACCAGAUUCAGGGCCUCCAGGAGAAUGUGCGGAAGCUGCCGAAGCUGCCCAGCCUGUCCCCACUUGCCAUCAAGCACCUGUGGAUCCGCACUGCUUUGUUUGAGAAGGUCCUGGACAAAAUUGUGCAUUACCUGGUGGAAAACAGCAGUAAAUACUAUGAGAAGGAAGCCCUCCUGAUGGACCCGGUGGAUGGCCCCAUCCUUGCGUCUUUGUUGGUGGGGCCCUGUGCCCUGGAGUACACCAAGAUGAAGACUGCCGAUCACUUCUGGACUGACCCCUCGGCCGACGAGCUUGUCCAGAGGCACCGCAUCCACAGCUCGCACCUGCGGCAGGACUCACCCACCAAGCGUCCAGCCCUCUGUAUCCAGAAGAGACAUUCAAGUGGCAGCAUGGACGACCGACCAUCCCUUUCUGCCCGUGACUAUGUUGAGUCCCUGCACCAGAACUCCCGGGCCACACUCCUCUAUGGCAAGAACAACGUUCUGGUUCAGCCGAGGGAUGAUAUGGAGGCCGUUCCAGGGUACCUGUCUCUACACCAGACAGCUGACGUCAUGACCUUGAAAUGGACGCCUAACCAGCUGAUGAACGGGUCGAUGGGGGACCUGGACUAUGAGAAGAGCGUCUACUGGGACUAUGCUAUGACCAUCCGCCUGGAGGAGAUUGUAUACCUGCACUGCCACCAGCAAGUGGACAGCGGUGGGACAGUGGUGUUGGUCAGCCAGGACGGGAUCCAGAGGCCGCCGUUCCGCUUCCCCAAGGGGGGGCACCUCCUGCAGUUCCUCUCGUGCCUGGAAAAUGGGCUGCUCCCUCACGGGCAGCUGGACCCUCCACUCUGGUCUCAGCGGGGGAAGGGCAAAGUAUUUCCCAAAUUGCGCAAGCGAAGCCCUCAGGGUUCUGCCGAGUCCACGUCUUCGGACAAGGAAGAUGACGAGGCCACAGAUUACGUGUUCAGGAUCAUCUAUCCCGGCAUGCAGUCUGAAUUCGCCCCCCAGGACCUGAUGGAUGUCUCCGUGAGCAACCUACCGCCCUUAUGGCAACCCAGCCCCCGGAAAUCCUCCUGCUCAUCCUGUUCACAGAGUGGCUCCGCUGAUGGUGGCUCAACCAAUGGCUGCAACCAUGAGAGGGCUCCCCUGAAGCUCCUCUGUGACAAUAUGAAGUACCAGAUCCUUUCCAGAGCCUUCUAUGGAUGGCUUGCCUACUGCAGACACCUGUCCACUGUGAGGACCCACCUGUCAGCCCUGGUCAAUCACAUGAUCGUGUCUCCAGACUUGCCCUGUGAUGCCGGACAUGGGCUGACGGCCAGGAUCUGGGAGCAGUACCUUCAGGAUAGCACAAGUUACGAGGAACAGGAGCUUCUACGCCUCAUCUACUAUGGAGGCAUCCAGCCGGAGAUCCGCAAGGCCGUGUGGCCCUUCCUCCUGGGCCACUACCAGUUCGGGAUGACAGAAACAGAAAGGAAGGAGGUGGACGAGCAGAUUCACGCGUGCUACGCACAGACCAUGGCUGAAUGGCUGGGCUGUGAGGCCAUCGUGCGGCAGAGGGAGCGGGAAUCCCACGCGGCUGCCUUGGCUAAAUGCUCAUCAGGGGCCAGCCUGGACAGCCACCUGCACCGGAUGAUGCACCGGGACUCCACCAUCAGCAAUGAGUCCUCCCAGAGCUGCAGUUCAGGCCGCCAGCACGUCCGCCUGCAGAGUGACUCCAGCAGCAGCACACAGGUGUUUGAGUCUGUGGACGAAGUGGAGCAGGUGGAGGCAGAAGGCAGGUUGGAGGAGAGACAGCCCAAGAUCCCCAACGGGAACCUGGUGAAUGGCACCUGUUCCCCGGACUCCGGCCAUCCGUCAUCCCACAACUUCUCCUCGGGCCUCUCGGAGCCCUCGGAACCCAGCCUGAGCACGGAGGACGGUGUCAUGGACGCCCAGCGGAAUGCCCCUCUGGUGCUUCGACCUGGGGACAGCAGCGUGGAUGACGGGCAGAGCAGUGAGGCCACCACCUCCCGGGAUGAGGCCCCCCGCGAGGACCUGGCCGUGCAGGACAGCCUGGAGAGCGACCUCCUCGCCAACGAGAGCAUGGACGAGUUCAUGUCCCUCACUGGCAGCAUGGACGUGGCCCUGCCCGGAAAGGAGGGGGCCGCGAUGGAGGGCUGGGGAGACAGUGAGGUGGGGAAGCACAGCCGUGUGGACAGUGAGGACAACCUCUCAGAGGAGCCCGAGAUGGAAAGUCUCUUCCCCGCCCUGGCCUCUCUGGCCGUGGCCACUUCUGCCAACAACGAGGCGUCCCCCGUGUCUUCCAGUGGCGUCACUUACUCUCCGGAGCUCCUGGACCUGUACACCGUCAACCUGCACCGCAUCGAGAAGGACGUGCAGCGCUGUGACCGCAACUACUGGUACUUCACGCCCGCCAACCUGGAAAAGCUGCGGAACGUCAUGUGCAGCUACAUCUGGCAGCACAUUGAGAUCGGCUAUGUCCAGGGCAUGUGUGACCUCCUGGCUCCACUGCUGGUCAUCCUGGAUGACGAGGCCCUGGCCUUCAGCUGCUUCACGGAGCUCAUGAAGAGGAUGAACCAGAACUUUCCCCAUGGGGGCGCCAUGGACACGCACUUUGCCAACAUGAGGUCGCUGAUCCAGAUUCUGGACUCCGAGCUCUUUGAGUUGAUGCAUCAGAACGGGGACUACACUCACUUCUACUUCUGCUACCGCUGGUUCCUGCUGGAUUUCAAGCGAGAACUUGUCUAUGAUGACGUCUUCUCUGUCUGGGAGACCAUCUGGGCAGCCAAGCACGUCUCGUCCGCCCACUACGUCCUGUUCAUCGCGCUGGCUCUGGUGGAGGUCUACCGUGACAUCAUCUUGGAGAACAAUAUGGAUUUCACAGACAUCAUCAAAUUCUUUAACGAAAUGGCUGAGCGGCACAACACCAAACACGUCCUGAAGCUGGCCCGGGACCUCGUGUACAAGGUGCAGACUCUGAUUGAGAACAAGUGAGGGCCACCUCACCCCGGCCCUGUCAGCCGUGCCGCCACCCACCUGUCCAGCCCGCUUUUCCUCCCGGCUGCCCCGGGAGCGAGGUCCUGGUGUCUGUUCAUGAGCAUGGACUUCUGUGCAGAGAGAAACUGCCCCAACUUUGGCCGCCAGGCAGGUGGGGUCGAGGGUUUGCCCCUUGAGUUCAGCCUUACGUUUUCCUGUUUGACCAAAGAUUGUCCAAGUCUGGGAUUUCUCCCUUGUGGGAGUUGGGGUUCGUCAGUGGAUGGAGGGAACAGUUUCGUUUGUGGUCUCCAGAAUGGUUGCCUCUCUCUUAUUCUGUCCCAACCCCUCCAAACUGUUCUGUCAGGGGAGACUUGGAGAAGGACUUUUUCUUGGGGAACUAGUGUAGGAGAGGUCUGUGGGGCUACCUCUAUACUCUGAAAGGGGCCUCUGGAGAUGUUCCAGAACAUGGCCGGCAGGCAGGCUUGGAGCAGAGUUUCUGCACCUCCCUCGGCGCUGUUGACAUGGUGCUGGGUGAACCCUCUUCUGAGAGGGGUCGUCCUGUGCAUUGUUGGAAGGUAAGCAGCAUCGCUGGCCUCCGCCUGCAAGAUGCCAGUAGCGCCCCCUCCCCAACCCAGCUGUGACAACCCGAAGGGUUUGCAGAUUUUGCCACAUGUCCCCACUUGAGAAAACCAGUGGCGUAGAGGAGGGGCUGCAAGUGUAUCUCCUUCCCCGCUUUUGUUUAACCACCUGCUCCUGAGGCUUUCUCCCACUUAGAAAAGGCACACAGGAGUCCACAUCUCUCUCGGGACCUGGAUUCUGUUUGUUGUGGUCUCAUUUUUUUUCUCCUCCACCUGACCCCAGGAGAGACUUCUUUCCUUCUUUUCAAGAAAGCCUCUCCCUGAGAGGCCUCCCCGGAGAGGGAGGGAAGGGCGGAAGGGCGGAACAGUGAGAAGUGUGGUAGGUGUGAGUUGGCCCGAGGUCCCGCCCAAAGCCCUCCAGGCAGGGUGGAGUCUAGAUCCCUUUCUUCACCUCCUAGGGAAGAUCUCGCCUCUCCUUCUGCACUUUGGGUCUGAUGCUCCAGAAGUUGGGAAGGUGUGUGUGAGUGGCCGCCACUUCAAGGGAGGUGGGGGAAGCUGGCUUUUCCCUAGGUGCCUUUGAUCACUCAGGACAAAGGAAGAACAGGAAGGCAGAGGUCCGCCAGAGUAGACUGUGAUGGGUGUUUUCCUUGGAAAAUAUGCUGAUGAACUGGCCCCCGGAACAUGGAUGGCUAAGUCUGGAAGUGGUCCCCUCCGCGUCUUCACACAAAGGGUCGCCAGUCACAAACAGACCCGGAGUUAGCUGGUUCACCCUGCCUACCUGUCCUUUGAUAGAGCAGUCCUGCCAGCUCUUUUCUGAGAACACACGUGGGAGAAACAGAGUCAGGUUGGAAGGCUCCUCCCCAGAAUGGAAGGUAGGAUUUUGGAGAGGGGAGGAGACUCAUAAGCACAAGGAAGCAUUCACAGAGAGGGUACAUUAGUCCUCUGUCCUGAGCAAACCAGGAGGGGGAGGAACCCCUACCCUGCGUGCUUGUGAAGGCUUGCCCCUGGGCCCCAGUGCCUUCAACUGCAUCCCAACCCCCCAGUCUCCCACGUGGGGCCUCCUGAGCAGGACGGACGAGACCUAAGUGUCCCUUGCCUCUGAAGAAUGUGCUCCGUGAAAAUUGCACCUCCUGGCUCUGGUCCCCACCUUCCCAAGACGAGGAAAACACGUCCAGAUCAAAGUUUUCCUAGCCACUCAGCUCUUCGUUACAGAGGACAUUAUUUUAGCAAGACCCGGGUCCCAGACCUUCCGAUUCUGAUUUAUUUUUCUCGACAGACUAGUCCCAAAGUAUAGCACACAAUCUCUUCUCCGCCUUCUCUCGUGGUGUUCCAGAGAAGUGUCCGUGGUUGUGAUUUGGAACAACUCCUAUUUGUUCAGCUUACGGUGUUUAUUUUGGUCUCUGUACAUCGUGCGUCCUUGUGUCCGGGAAUCAAGUGCGUGGGAGUCAUUCUGUCCGUGGAGUGCCCUCCUCCUUCUCUCAGUGUUGCCAACAUAUCUUGUAACUGUUUACUGAAGAGUUGUGUCUAUAUAUAGAGAAAAUAUAUAUAAACAGAGAAAUGUG